CGCGCUUCUCUGAUUGGACUGACUCCGCUCAAGCCGGGUGUCCUCUUCAGUUGUCGGAACGGACGCAUAACCUCUAACGUGGCGUAAUCUAACGCAUGUAUCAUUUUAUUCGCAAAUAUUCGGUCAAGAAAUUAAUAUAUAUAUUUACAUAAUAUUGCAAGAUUAACGUUCUCAGUCCUCAGCAAACAUGGACAUUCGUCCAAAUAACACUAUUUAUAUCAACAAUUUAAACGAGAAGAUCAAGAAGGACGAGUUAAAGAAGUCACUGUACGCUAUAUUUUCCCAGUUCGGCCAAAUUCUGGACAUUGUAGCGUUGAAAACCUUGAAGAUGCGCGGCCAGGCCUUUGUUAUUUUCAAGGAGAUCGCGAGUGCAACGAAUGCCUUGAGAUCUAUGCAGGGAUUCCCAUUUUAUGACAAACCAAUGAGGAUACAGUAUGCCAAAACUGACAGUGACAUAAUAGCCAAAAUGAAGGGCACGUUUGCGGAACGUCCAAAGAAGCCGAAGCGAGUUGUCCCAGUGGCGGACGAGGAGGCUAAACGUGCUAAGAAACGCGCGAAAGAGCAGGCGAAGCACUCGCAGCAGAUUGGUUAUCAUGCCGGUGUGCCGCAGCAUCCAGGGCUUGUUAACACGGCUGUGCCUGAACAACCACCGAAUCAGAUAUUGUUCUUGACGAACCUGCCGGACGAGACGAGCGAGAUGAUGCUGUCGAUGUUGUUCAAUCAGUUCCCAGGCUUCAAGGAAGUGCGACUAGUGCCAAAUCGACACGACAUCGCGUUCGUCGAGUUCGAGAACGAAGUACAAUCCGGUGCGGCGAAGGAUGCGCUUCAGGGCUUCAAGAUCACACCCUCGCACGCGAUGAAGAUAUCAUUCGCGAAGAAAUAAAUUCCUUUUUUCGAUCAUUGAUACGUGUAAUAAGAGAGAAACAAUACACAAGCUGAAUUGCAUUUGUACAAAAGUGGCUGCAGUUACUAAAGUGUCUGCUUUUCAAUUAUCUCGUUCACAAAAGUGAUAUCAGCUGUGACUAUGCUUGCUGUAAUUGUGUACGAUUUCUUACGAGAAUCCUGUGAGAAAGAGAGACCUCUCGUCAUAAUUAAGAUGUUUAAAUUUAAGAAGAAAAAAUAUACGAAAAGGAUAUUAUGACCUAUUUCUGAAAUCUCCUGAUUGACCUUUUUCGAAAUAUUUUUUUCAAUAAAAUGCUAUAUUUUUUGUGAAUCCCCUAUAUAAGAUACAUGUAAAGGAACAUCAUAUAUCAUAAUAUAAUUUAGGGUAAUAUAAUUGGCGAAUAAAAC